AAAGUGAACAUGGACCGUGUGUACUUUAUUGGAGCCUCUCUAGUACUCUUCUUGGAUAUGUCUAUCAGUCAGAUUUACACGAAAGAAGACACAUUUCCUUCUAGAGUGCCGACGCUUGGAGUACCGCACUAUUUAGUUCCACCGAACGGAGGUAAACGUCACUCUCAUAGACAAAACGACUGUCGCUUCGGUUGUUAUGUAAAAGAGGAUCCUUCUGAUCCAGAAGUCAAAAUGGCAGCCAAAAUUGCUUUAAAAGAAUACAUACUGGACUCACGAUCACGUUUGAAAGAUCUCGAUGUUGACAGAGUGAUUGACGCUAAAAGACAGAUCAUUGGUUUUCUAAACCACAAUCAUCGAUUGAAUUUCUUAGCUAGAUCCAUUUCUGGUUGCGAAAUGUAUUCAUUCUUUUGUCCUGCCCCUCAAAAAUGUAAAGCAGAAGUUAAUGUAAAAAACAAUAUAUUCAGAGUAGUUAAAGUUGUUUGUCAACCUAGAGUGGGAAAGAUACCUGAUCAACCUAGCUGGGACUGGUAACCAAUGUUAUGCUGUUAAAGACGACGCUGAUCAUAUGUUAGAACUCGGAAUCAUUUUCUGUAAAAUAUACAAAUAAAAGUAUAAAAAAUGUUAAUUAGUCGAGUCGAUUCGAAACGCUGCGACAGAACACAAGCGAUUACACCAUCACCAUGACAAAACUGUAAAACAGCUGAAAAUUCGAAUAAAGCGCUUUGUUAGCUCUUAGGUUUUUGCGAUUGUUACAUAUUGAAAAUGAAACUAUUUUUUAAGGUCUAAAUCGCGUAUAUUUGUUUUUAUCACACAACCCACAUUUUGGGCCAUUUACAGGUUCUAUAUUAUUACGCUGACUCAGUCAGUUAUUAUAGAACCUGAGAAGGGCCUGAAAUGUUGGUUUGUUUGAAAAAACAAACAUACGCAAUUUAGAUCCGAAGCAAUAGUUUAUGCUUUCUCAGCAUUCACGUUGCCAACAUUAUAUAGGUUUCGUAGAUAAGACAAAGAAUUAACAAAUAAAAUCUCC